AUGUGGAGAUCAGCUUGCUUGUAUAACAAUAUUUUACGCAAUUUCUUGAAGAACGUUCUAUUCAUCUUGAUAUUCAACGUUUUCCAUUCGCGGACACUCAACUGUUACUCGUGCUCUUAUUCAAUGCUAGAACCAACACGAGAGAAUGAUGAUUUCUUCUGUGCUAACGCUUCGUUGGUUCUACUCGAGAAGGAUUUGACUGUAAAGCCGUGCGCAUCUUGGGAAAAGUUUUGCAUUACUACAGUGGAGACAUCGUUGAAGGCAUUCAGCGCAAUUGUGCGGGCAUGCGCAGAGGUGUGCAAUGAAAUAUGUGAAUCGGAUGGGUAUGGUACUGAUAUGGUCAGGUGUGAUGACUGCUGCACAACGGACAUGUGCAACGGUAAUUAUAGUGUACGAUACUACAAGGAACUGAUGGACGGUCAAUACACAUCAUGGCUGGAACCUUUAGCGUCCGAAAAAGCUUACAAUAAGGCUAACGGAAUGCUAUUCCCUUAUUAA